AGUUUUCACCUCUGCAAUCUCCAUUUGUUCCGCGUUAGAAUUGUUAACAGAAAAAAAAAAUUGAAUCUCAUCUUCUCAAAAGAUUUUAGAUCAACAACGCCAUGCGUGAUUCGGAACUAGAGCUAUGAAACGCUGGAAAGUGCCUCAAAUCUACACCAUUCCAUGGAGGAGGUAAAUGGUGGGUUGAUCAAGUUGAUCUGUUGUGUUAAAAAAUCUGAUUGGGGCCGCAUUGGUCAGGAAUCUACUGUUGCACGUCUCUAUUAUCGAAAUACUGGAAUCAAUAUUGAUCAGAAUCAGCCCUAUGCUGAAUUUUGGAUGGGCACACACGAAUCUGGCCCGUCGUAUGUUGGGGAUACAGAAAAUCUGACAUUGAAGGAAUGGAUUGAAAGAAACCCUAGUGUACUUGGAGAAACUGUUCUGAACAAGUGGGGUACCGAUUUCCCCUUUCUCUUCAAGGUAUUAUCUGUUGCCAAACCUUUGUCCAUACAGGCCCAUCCAGACAAGGAUUUGGCCACUUCUUUGCAUAAAGAGCAGCCUUCUGCUUACAAGGAUGACAAUCACAAACCUGAGAUGGCUUUGGCGCUGACACAAUUUGAAGCUUUAUGUGGGUUUGUCAGUCUUGAGGAGCUCAAAGUGAUUGUUCGUACUACACCUGAGAUUGUGGAAGUGGUUGGUAAUUCAAAAGCCGAGCAAGUCCUAAUCUUGAAUGACGAUGAGGGGAAGGAGGAAAUUAGAUUACUACUACAAUCAGUAUUUACUGACAUAAUGACUGUUUGCAAGGAUGUGACUGCUGAAGUGUUAGCCAAGCUGAUCAGUCGCCUAAACUUUGAAGGCCAGGCGAGGCAUCUAACUGAAAAAGAACAACUGAUUCUACAACUUGAGAAGCAGUAUCCAGCUGAUGUUGGUGUCUUAGCUGCAUACUUGUUAAAUUAUGUGAAACUCAACCCUGGUGAAGCUUUAUAUUUAGGCUCAAAUGAGCCUCAUGCAUAUUUAUAUGGUGAAUCUGUUGAAUGCAUGGCAAAUUCAGAUAACGUGAUACGUGCUGGUCUAACUCCAAAGCAACGAGAUGUUAAGAUACUUUGUUCAAUGCUCACAUACAAACAGGGUUUUCCUGAUAUUCUGAAAGGUACUGUGGUUAAUCCUUACACAAAGAGAUACCUUCCUCCUUUUGAUGAAUUCGAGGUGGACCGUUGCAUUCUUCCACAAAACUCAACUACUGUAUUUGCUUCCAUUCCUGGUCCUUCCAUUUUUUUGGUCGUGGAAGGAGAGGGAACGAUGACCACAUCAUCGAACAAGGUAGUUGCUGAAGGUGAUGUCUUAUUUGCAUCUGCAAAUACCAGUAUUACUGUUGCAACCAUGUCUGGUUUGCAUCUAUGUAGAGCAGGAGUUAGCAGCAGGUUGUUUGAGUUGCAUAAAUAGUGUAUUACUUCCAACUCUAGCUAGGAUUCAUUCAAAUACCAGGAAUCUACACUGAUGGAUUUGUUGAGUCAAAAGUGAUGCAAGUGGUAAAUGAAUUCUUCUUGGGUAAAACAUAUUUUCUCCCAA